CUUCCUGUACCAAAAACAAAUACUACCAAAUGGAAUCAGUUAUUCAAUGAAAUUUUAAAAACAUUAAAUGAAAUGAAUUGUGGAUGGUUUGAUGGCUGUGAGCUUACAAUAGGUUUAAAAUUUUUAGAAAAUCUUACAGCUUUAAUUUGGUAUCUUGACGCACAUCAUUCAAAAUUUGAAGCUCGAGGUUUAGCAUUUCCUAAUUUUAUUAAAAACCUACCACCUUAUAUUAAUGGUCAAUAUUAUAAAGAGGAUUCACAUUAUAAAAAAAGUAUGAUAGAAUCUUAUAAACUAGAAAUUCAUAUUCAAUCAGUUCAAAAAUGUUUAGAACAACCUUGGGCUAGUAAUCAAAAUUGGCGGCCAUUUAUACUUCAAGUAUUUCACUUAACAAAUAUUGCACAAAAAUAUCUUGAAUAUCUUAAAAAUGUUAAACAAAGUGUAACAGUAACUCAAAAUGCAAUGCAACCAGCACGUAAUUCUGCUGAUAAUAGUAAAAUUGAAUUUAUAUCACAUUGUCAACCAGGAGAAGUUAGAUUUGAAUAUCAAGAAUUAGUUCAAAGAAUUAAAACUUCUGAUAUUUAUGAAGUUAUUCCAAUUAAUGAAUACUUACCUUCUAACAAAUACAAAAGAUAUCAAUUUUUUGCAAAUUUAUCAUUAGAUAGUCCAAUUAUGUUAUAUUGUUAUUAUCAUAGAAAUUAUCUUGGAACAUUAAAUUUUGCAUGGCGUAUACCAAUAAAUAUAAAUGAUAGAUCUGAUAAUCAACAAGCAUAUGCAAUAAUUAAAGUUCAAGAUAAUAUUCCACAUUAUUUUACUAGAGGAAUGAAACGUGAUGCAAGUUCUUCUGAAAAUUUACCUACACAAGAAAUGGAAAAUAGACUUAAAACAAUGUUAGAACUUAGUGAUCCAGAUAUUGUAGUUGAUUUGAGAGUUAAUAAUGGAUUUAAAGGCAAUAAAUUUGAUUUUUUUUGGAAUGAACUUAAAUUAUACUUUGAAGAG